AUCUGAUGCUUCUGUCGCGAAACGAAAAAAGCGCAUGUUUACUUCUCGCGGUGUAGAUUGUGAAUCGGUCGAAAAUUUAUCAGAAAAAAUCUUUUUCACUAAGCGUGACAGAAAAAAGUUAAUCAUUUUCCGCGAAAAUGUCCGCCACAGAACCCGCAGUGGAACCGACAGCCACUCAAAACGAAACAGUCCCGGUGGCAGCGGCUGCAUCAGCACCGAAGGUGAUUCUGUCGUCCGAGCAGAAGGAAAUCUUCGAUCGGAUCUCUAAAAAUGAAAACAGUGAGUUGAAGCUGGUUCUGGCUCAGUUCAAGCAGAGCGUGGAUUUUGUGGACGAUAAUGGCAUGACUCCACUGCAGCAUGCCGCCUACAAGGGUAACAAGGACGCGGUCCAGAUGCUGUUGGACCAGGGCGCGGAUGUCAACUCCGGUAAGCACGAGUACAACUACACGGCGCUGCAUUUCGGAGCACUCUCUGGAAGUGUGGACGUCUGUAUGAAGUUGCUUCUGGCGGGGGCAAAGUCGGACGCGGUCAAUACAAUUGGGCGGACUGCGGCACAGAUGGCGGCAUUCGUGGCAAACCAUCAGGUAGUGGCUACUAUCAACGGUUUUGUUCCUAUCAAGGAUAUCGAGUGCUACACGAAGAUCCAGGGGUCGCAAAAGGAACCGUUGCUUCCGGUAGUGCAUCUGGAGGGCUUCCACAAGUUCAUCAUGCAAACCAACAUUCAUCCGGUGCGGAUUGCACUGAAUCUGCAAAAGUUCGGCCUGUUCGCAGUGGAUUUGAUGCGCAUCCGGCUUGUCCUGGACGAGAUGAGGGAACGGGAUAUGGAUCGGCGGAAUGAAAUCAACGAAGUUAUGGCUUUCAAGUACCACUAUCUGGGCUACAUGGUGAACGAGAUUGAAAAGUGCCGCCAUUACUUCCUGGCCCGGAAGGCGGAGGGAAGCAAUGGGAAAGAUCAGAAAAGUGACUUCGUGGAACUGUUUGCCAAACGUGUUCUCAAGCAAGGCAAAGAUGGAGCUCUGGAGUACGUUGAGGCCACGAUACGGGAGUGCGUCCGUGAGUUCCCCUUCCGAGAGUAUGCCAUCUUCCGACAGGUUGUUACCCAGUUGGCCAGUAAAGACAACUCGGCCAGCGCCUUGGAGAUCAUCAAAGCGGCCAUCAAUGGGCAGCGUGGCUUCCAGGAUACGAUCUCCCUGUGCAGCUCUUGCGGCGAGGAAAAGCCCGAUAAAAAGUGUUCCAAGUGCAAACAGGUGCAGUACUGCGAUCGUGAGUGCCAGCGAUUGCACUGGUUCAUGCACAAAAAAGUCUGCGCUCGACCGUCGUCCACCACGGGUCAGACUGGCCCGGCCAAGGAUGCCAAGAAGGAAAUCGAUUCGGCGGAAAUCAACGAGCAACUGCAGAAAUUAAUGGCCAGCUAAAUUAAGCCAGACGAAGAGGUCAAGAUUUAUAUACGAUUUAGUCAGUCAGUGUGUCUCAACAAGAGUGGAACCAAUUUUAAAAUCAACAUUGCGAUGGGGUAGCUGGAAGGUUUUUUUUUGUAACACUGAAAAUGCUUACCAUUUAUAAUCUAAGUUACAAAAUAACUUCAGCUAGAAACGUAAAAUAGAUAAUACAGAAAUAUGCAGGAACAAAAACAAAUUGUGACUAUCUGCGUGACGGUCAAUCCUUCUAUAUACCAACAACCCAACCUAGAAUAUUGUAUGUGUCAUUUGCUAUCUCUUGGAUGUCAAUAAAUUAGUUUGAACAAUA